AGGUCACUCUAAGGUCUCCUCAGAGCCUUCUCUUCUCCAGACUGAACAACCCCAACUCUCUCAGCCUGUCCUCAGACAGAGGUUCUCCAGCCCUCACAUCAUCCUUGGAGCCUCCUCUGGACCCAUUCCAACAGCUCCAUCUCUUUCUUCUGUUGAGGAUUCCAGAACUGGACCCAAUCCUCCCGAUGAGGUCUCCCCAGAGAGGAGCAGAGGGGCAGAAUCCCCUCCCUCCCUGCUGGCCGCGCUUCUCUGGAUGCAGCCCAGGACACGGGUGUCCAUGGCUUCGGAGGAGGCUGCUGACCCUGGAGCGCAGCCCAUGGCCCCCACGGCCCCUGGGAUCCAGAAGAAGAGGUUGAAAAAAGGGAAGGAGAAGCUGGAAGCCAAGGAAGGUGCCCAGGAGGGAAGGGAUGAAGUAGCGAAGCAGGAGGCUGAGAUCGAGGGGCUGACGCGAGCCGGGCGCCGGGCGCUGGCGCGGGGCGAUGCGCAGGAGGCGGUGGAAUGCUUCAGGAAGGCUCUUCUCCUCUCCAGGAACACCCAGCUCCACAGGGCUUGUGCCUUCAACCUCGGGGCUGCCUACGUGGAGACUGGCAAGCCCAAAAAGGGCCUUGAGUUCCUCCUCAAGUCCCAGCCCUUGGAAGGAGAGAGCAGGGAGCACUUGAAUGACCUUUAUUUCAACAUCAAUGCGGCUCACGAAGGGCUCCAGGACUUCUCGAUGGCUCUGGAGUGUUUGGGGAAAGACGUUGGCCAUGAUGGCACGACGCAGGCCGGCAGCCGAGCCGGGACCCGCGUGCAGAUGGGCUGCUGCUUCCUGGGGAUGCGGGAGCCGGCACGAGCUGCGCGUUGCUUCUUGGAGGCUGCACAGAGCUACUUGGCAGCAUCCAGCCCGGAGGCUGCGGCGGUGGCUUUGAGCAGGGCGAGUGGCUCCAUGCUGCAAAGCCGGCGAUUCAGGGCGGCAGAGAUCACCGGAGUCCUCGCCCAGUGCCGCUCGCUCUGUGCGAGCAUCGCCGACCCAGCCCUGCGAGGGAAACUCUACAACGACAUUGGCCUCAGCUAUUCCCAACUCCGCAUCUUCUCCUUGGCUGCCGAGAGCUUCCAGGAGGCUCUUGCCCUUUGUUGCGGUGGGCGGGAUCGGCGCAAGGCGGCUGCACUGCUGCAGAACCUGGGGGCUGCCCACAACGCCCUGUGCAGCUUCGGCACGGCGCUGGGCUGGCACCGGCGAGCGGUGGCUUUGCACGGUGCUUUAGGGAACCGGAGGGCGCAGGGACAGUGCUUUGGGAACCUGGCGUAUGCCUGCAGCCGGCUCGGGAAGCACGAAGCCGCUGCCGAGAACUACCUGCAUGCUUUGCAAGCCUUCCAAGAUGCCGGGGACGUGCAGGGGCAGUGGCAAGUGUGCGAGGGCCUGGGCACAGCCUGCUUCCACCUCGGAGACCCCCAGAAAGCCAUCGGACACUACAAGGAGGCCCUGACUUUGCUUUCCCACUGCCAGGAGACCUCCAAGGCUGCCCGCAAGAGGGUGGUGGACAAGCUCACCGAGGCCAUCCAGUACCAGCUCUGCCUCCACCGCUGCCCCUUUGGCCCUGGGGGUGGCUUGGCACCCACGCCAGCCCCGCAGGAACCCAGAAGGCUGCGGUUUUGUUCCACACUGCCCCACACCAGCAGAAAGUGGCUCCAGAGGAGCGAGGUCUCUAGGUCCUUCAAGGUGAGAGCUCAGCCUGGGGACGAGCUGUGCAUGCCCGGAGCACAUCGAGGGCGUUCAGAGAGAGGAGCAGCCCUGACUGAUGGCCUCACAUUGGAGCCCCACAACCCACAUAUCCACCUCGACACCCCUGGGAAGGAGAAGGAGGAGGAUCAGGACGGUUCCAGCGUGGCUCCAGGGUGCCUCAGUGAGCCCCACACUGACAGUAACCUCAACACCACCCGACUGCACCAUGGAGGUCUCCAGACAAGACGCCGUGACCACCAAACCCUCCGCUUGAGCUCCUUGGAGGGCUCUGCUGCCAACUCCACCGGCUGCCAGGAGCCCCACGGGAGCCAGGAGCCCCACAUCGGGAACCGGGAGCCCCACAUCGGGAACCGGGAACCCCAGAGGGGGAGCUGGAUGCCCCGCACCAAGAGCCAGGAGCCCCACAGCAGGAGCAGGAUGCCAUCCCACUUCUGCAGCCUUGUGUGACG